CAGUCUACUUGGAUAUGUAUCCUUUUACCAGAGUUGACACCUUUGGAAACGACAGCCCUACAGAUUUGCCUACAGGCAGAGUUGCCACUGUUGUUAAAAGUCAAUCCUUGACGUCAGCCACAAAAUAAACUCUUUGUGCGUGGGGGGCCGAACUGCAGCAACUUUUCCCUCCCAUGAGAGGUGUGGAGACGAGACUCCCCUCCGACUACGCACCUGGCUCACCAACAACACCAACACCAAGAGCGACAGGCCACCCCACUCAACGCCACUCUACUGUCCAUGGGGCAGGCAGCCUGUUGCGUGGGCGCCUCUCUCUAUGCUCAUUGGCGGCGUUUUCUUCGUGCCCGAGUGUCCGACUCGGGUCUGUUUCGGGCUGGCUCCAUUGGCUGCCUUAUCUUUUGGCGCUCUAAUGGAACCAUGCUGGUUGCAUGCUUCCUCUACGAGUAGCUAUAAAAGCCGUUGGUCGACCGCAUUUUGUUGGCAAUUCGAAAAGUGUUGGCAUCAACAAGUUCGGAGGUGAAAAUUGCAGAAAGUUUAACAAAAGUUUAACCAAAAUUCUCAAAGUUUUUGAAAACAUACCAAAUUGGAAAAGACAUUACAAAAUUUUAAAAAAUUAAAACAAUUUUAAGUGCAAGUUUUAGUAAUUAAAUUGCUUGAAAAUGUGGUACAUGAAGUGCAGUUGGACUUUGUUGGUAUUUGUGGCACUCUUUGCCCUGGUGUCAGGUUCCUGCUUGGAAUACGGACAUUCCUGUUGGGGAGCUCACGGCAAGCGUUCCGGUGGUAAGGCAGCAGUUGCAGCCAAGGCUGGCGGCAAUCCUCUUGCGGUGGAAACUCUGGCAGAGCAGCUCUAUAACAACAACCAGAACAACAACCAAAACAUUCGUGAAGACACCGAUGACGACACCAACAAUACCAACAACAUCAGCAGCCUGAACAACAUGCCCCCGAGAGCUCCUGCCUUGUCUGCACAAAGUGAUGACCCCGAGAAACGGAAUAGGAACCAUCGCAACCACGAGGCCAAAGAUCUGAAGUGGGCGCAACUGAUGAGGCAACAGCAUCGCUAUCAACUGCGGCAGCAGCAGCAGCAACAGAAACAGUCACGACUGUGGGCCGGUGGCAGGUGCGGCGGACAGUACGAUGCUGCCGCCGAGAGUUGGCGCAAGUUGCAGCAGGCUCUCAUCUUGGCCCAGGCCCAAGCCCAAGCCCAAGCCCAGGUCGAGGCUGAGGCUGAGGGAGAGGCCGAAGCCGAGGCCGAGCAGCAGCAACAGACUCUCAGCGAACUCUAUGAACUCAAGAAGUGAACAUUGAACCACCCCAGGCGUAUACUUAAUUUAAUUGCCAAAACUAUGCGGAAAAAUGACUAAGCAAACAUAGAAAAAAGAUAAAUGAAAAGAUAUUUAUUGCACCACCAUCAUUGCAUGUUGGGCCUCAAUUAAGAAUAAAUUGCAAAUAAUUAAAAGAUCCCAUCGGUAGAGAGCAGAUCAGGUUAAUUGGGGGAGUGUUCCAUUUUAUAGCAUUCAAAAUGUAAAUGAAACCUUUUCGUAGAAUUUGUUGUUGGUUUUUAUUAUUAAUAUUAUUACUAUUAAUAUUAUAGUACAUACAUAUGUAUAUGUAUGUGUAGAAUUAUCAGACACAGCUCACAACUGAUCGAACGGAUCAGGGGUCUUCUGCAGGCUCAGUAUUGCGUCACUGGCUGGAUGCCGCAAUAUUGGAAACGAUAUCAAGAACUUUGCUUUCAUUCACAUUCACUUAACCGUACUUAAUCCCUAACUACUAUGAUAUGCAGAUACGAUUUUAAGAGAUUCAACCUUAAUAAAAGCUAACAUCGCAA